AUGAAGAAUCUUGGAAAUCAACCUCCAAUAAAUGAAUUAAUUGAAAAUACAGUCUCACACAUUUCAAAGUUUUCUUGGAAAACUACUGAAGGGAAAAUUUUGAAACUUUUUACAUGUGAAAAGGAAGGUCAGAGGCUCAUUUUCCUGAAAUUUUAAAUUUUUCCAGUGGAAAAUAACAACAUAAAAAAUCUUGGAAAUCAACCUCCAAUAACUGAAUUAAUUGAAAAUACAGUCUCACAUAUUUCAAAGUUUUCCUGAAAAACUAGUGGAGGGAAAAUUUUGAAACUUUUUGCAUGUAAAGAGGAAGGUGAGAAGCUC